UAUCAAAAGCCGAAGAAUGGCCCUGGCCCGUGGGUGGAGAAACUGAGGAGAGUUGGCGGACAUUACAAUGGCUCUCUCUGUCUCUCUAAUCCAAACGUGUAGCUAAACUAACCAAAACUACUCUCGCUUAUAAGUUCAUCUCCUCUUUUCCUCGCACAAAAAUCUUUUGUUUCUUCCGGUUAUCGCCUCCUCCUCUCCCAUGGAGUCCUCUGUUGCUCUCCAAUCCUUUCACUGUAAGUUGUACGGCCAGCGCUUGACUGUUUGCCGGAAAUUUAUUUCUUAUCCGGUGAAGCGAAAUGUAUCCGUCGUCUCGUGUGUAAGGGCGCCUGAAGCUGCUGCUGCAACGGCCAAAUCUGAUGUUUCUUCUUCAGCUGGUGCUGUAAAAGGCUCGUUGGAGAAGAGUUCUUCGCGAAGUGCUACUUUUCCUAAUGGAUUUGAAGCAUUGGUACUAGAGGUCUGUGAUGAGACGGAGGUUGCUGAACUGAAACUCAAGGUUGGGGAUUUUGAAAUGCAUUUGCGCCGCAAUGUUGGGGCUACAAAAGCUCCCAUGUCCAACAUUUCACCUACAGAACCACCACCGAUCCCAACUAAGCCAAUGGAUAUAUCAGCUUCUGUUGCCCCACCAUCACCACCCAAAACCUCUACUGAAAAAACCACUCCUUUUACAAAUGUCUCAUUUGGGAAGUCAUCCAAAUUAGCUGCCUUAGAGGCGUCUGGAGCUACUGGAUAUGUUCUAGUUGCUUCUCCGACGGUCGGCUCAUUCCGAAGAAACAGAACAGUGAAAGGAAAAAGGCAACCUCCCAUCUUUAAAGAGGGUGAUAUAAUUAAAGAAGGACAGGUGAUAGGAUAUUUGGAUCAAUUUGGUACUGAACUUCCUGUAAAGUCAGAUGUGGCUGGAGAAGUCUUAAAGCUCCUCUUCAAUGAUGGAGAUGCUGUUGGUUAUGGAGACCCUCUUAUUGCUGUCUUGCCAUCGUUUCAUGGCAUCAACACGUGAGCUUUCUGUCCUGUCUCCAGAUCUUGACUCUGUUCUUGGAAAGAUCUGAAGUAAUGCAGAUUGUUUUCCCUAUAGUUCUUUCCAUCAUCUACUCACUGAUUGUGCAAUUGGAAGACAUACAUUUUGUGGUGAUUGCUACUUUGGCUUUGUUUGUUAGUUUUAUUGACUAUAUCCGGAAAAAUAAUUGUUUAAACAUUGUAGUUUGGGGAAAGUUUGAUAUUUGUACUAGAUAUUUUUUUUGUAUACUAGUGAAGCUAUAGAUAUCUGUUCCUUGUUGAGGCAAAUUGUAUUUCUGAAAAACCGUUAGUGUUCGUUGAAAUGAACAUUUGGGUCAUUUCUGAC